GUGACAGGUUUCCCUGCAGCUGGCUUCCUAAUUCUACGCUUUUUAUUAACCUGGGAAUGCAUAACCACAAGGCUUGUGCUACUCUCGUUCAUUGUGCUUCCAGAUUAUGUCAGGCUCUUUCUCUCUUACGCUGUUAUCCUGGAUAUUAUUAAGAAGCUGUAACAUGGGGCUUGGCCGGAGUCAACAUUGCAAGCAUGGAAGACGAGUGGAAUGCCUUCAAGGUGAAAUACGGGAAAUAUUACUCGUCACAAUUAGAAGAUGAGACAAGGAAGCUGCAGUUCCUUCAAAACCGGCUCGAAAUCGCUGAACAUAACAAAAGAUACGCAAGAGGAGAAGUUACCUACACACGCAUAGUAAACAAGUUCGCUGACAUGUUGCCAGAGGAGAUCAAACAUACAGUUGCGGCAAGAUUCCUUCACCCAUCGCACGGGACUUACCACGGUCAGGAAAGCAGACCUUCACGAAUGUUCAACACGUCAAUUCUCCCUGACGCUGUCGAUUGGAGGAACAAAGGAGCUGUGACUCCUGUGAAGACGCAAGGACCCUGCGUGGCGACAUGGGCUUUCAGCGCGACCGGAGCCGUGGAAAGCCAUCAUUUCAUCCAGACGGGUCAACUGGUGGACCUCAGCGAACAAAACCUCAUCGACUGCUCUCAAGACUUCGGCAACCUAGGUUGCGAAGGAGGCCGAACAGAUCAGGCUUUUGAAUAUAUCAUACAAAACAAGGGCAUUGAUCUAGAAGAACUCUACCCUUAUGCUUCGAAGACCAUGCCGUGUGCAUUUGACAAGGGAGCAGUAGGGGCGACGAUAUCCGGAUUUCGAACAGUUCCUCAUAGUUCUGAAGAGCAACUCGAAGCGGUUGUAGCCAACGUGGGCCCCGUAGCAGUGGUGGUCGAUGCCGGGCAUGAUGAUUUCUUCCAGUAUCAUCAAGGCAUUUAUAAUAAUCCAUUCUGUAGUACUACUGACGUCAACUACGGCCUUUUAGUAGUUGGAUACGGCGCUGCCAAUGGCAUAGAUUACUGGAUUUGUAAGAACAGCAUUGGACCAGACUGGGGCGAGCAUGGUUACAUAAGGAUGGUGAGAAACAACGCAAACCAGUGUGGUAUCGCUACUUUGGCCACCUAUCCGGAAGUCUAGUCGGCAUAAAGCAACAUUUAGAGCGUCUUCUUGCUGCGCAGAAUCUAUUGUUUUUAACACCUGAAGGAAAUAUAGACCAUGUUAUCUGCCAAUUUAAAAUGAGCACUCAACUCGUACCUUGACAAUUCGUGAGAAUAAAACAUAUU